UCUGGGAAACUUCCAAAGUAUUGAAGUCUCAAGGUCCCAGAGAGAGAAAGGACUUUUUCUGAGCAUCAAUGGAUCCCAUGGUAUGGCACAAGGUCGCUGCAAUCUCUGGCAUGGCUGCUCUUGGUCUGGGGACUUUUGGUGCCCAUUUAUUCAGACCACAAAACCCUAGUUACAAAGAGGUGUGGCAAACUGCAUCCUUGUACCAUUUGGUUCACACCGCAGCGUUGGUGGCAGCUCCAAUCACCAAACACCCUAACAUCUUCGGUGGCUUGUUGACCACUGGGAUUUUAGCAUUUUCGGGCACGUGCUACACUGUGGCAUAUCUCGAGGACCGGAAGUACUCUACAUUAGCACCAUUCGGUGGUUUUGCAUUCAUUGGCGCCUGGGCAAGCCUACUGUUCUAAUGUGUGAGCACAACUGUACUUCUUAUGCACUCUGUUUUAUGCCCAAUAUGGUUGUUCGUUGUAAAUGUUAAUACUUUUGCAAUUCCUAUAUCACACAUUUUACUAAAUGCUGAACUAUUUGUUGGUUUUGGGCACCCAUUAGCCUUUCUUCUU